AUGUAUCACUUAAGCACAUAUGAACCUUAAAUAUCUCUAUUAAUUACUUCUUCUGACAUCUCUGCAUAUAGAUGCGCCCUGUUCAGUCCUUCAACCGAGCUUUUGGUCACGUCACGUAAGUGUUUGGGCGGACCCAGCGGUCCGUGGGGUCUGUGACGACCUGCGCAAAGGAGGAUAAGGGUGCCGCCUAAAAACAGAGGCUUUUAUUGGACCGGCAUCGCUACUUGAUGUCCGUGUUGCAAAGUGCAUCAGCAGGGGAAAACAAACUAAGUAUGAAAGCCUGCGCAACUAGCACAUAAAGACCGGAGAGCCUUUGGGGAGGUGUUGGUGCCGUAUUAUCCGAGAUGAGCAAAGCGCUGCCGCAGUGAGCAAAUAAUCUGAUCAACACUCCUGCACCGGAUUUUAUGUCGUUGACAUUUAUUGACCGAAGGCUUUAUUAACAGAUAUGCGGCUGCUUGGUGAAAGUACAGGUUGGGUGAGAGAUAAUGCAAUGCGCUUUUAUUUAACAUUCAGUGCGGGCCAUCCGGAGAUAUUGUAGCAUCUGCGCACUUCGGACUUUUAUGACGGAUUAGACAACAUGACAACCAUUGUCAACCACCAAACAUGGUGAGUUAGACAGAUAUUGGUUUUAAAAACAAAUAAUCUACAGCUUUAAAAGGCCAUUUGAUGCAUGGAUUUGUGAUGGUAAUGCAAUGGAGUUGAGGGAGGUUGCCUCGUGCUUGAAAUUCUUACAGUUAGUGUAUAGUUAUUGUUACAGUGUAUGCUUCGCUCUUUAAACUAACUUUAAAGUAUGCAUUUAUAAGUCAUAAUGGAAAUGAUAUGCCAACGUCCUCGAAUGAUGCCAAACUGCGUCAGUUGAGACUGGCGUUGCAUGUGCAUCUGUUUAAUAACGAGGACCAUGCACAAUGUCACGGCUGAAUGUCACAGAUAAGUGUCCAACUGUACACGGACCAUGGAAAACCUGACCGGUUCUGAACAGCAGCCCGUGGGCUUUGGGGUUCCCUCAAAAAAGACUGUAACUUAUGAAAAUGGUCACGAACAUUGCCCCCACGUGGACCCCGCUGCUGCGGCACACAGAGGGGCCAGUGAUCCUACCGCAUACCCCCUAUCGGAUUACAGGGGUCUGGUUCGUCAGAGAUUCAUACGCAGAAGUUUGUGGUUCUCCGAGUCAGAGGAUCAAGACCCCGAGGCGUCGGAGUGCGACAGUCACAGUCCGGUUAAAACCGCGCAUUCGCGAAGCGCACGCAUAGCUGUCCGGAAGAGCACGAACGCGGUGAGUCAGGUGGGACUGGAGCAAGAUGUCAACGAGAACAUCUGCAGAGAGCAAGAGACCAGCGAGACCGAGCAAAAACAAGAUGCUGAAGCGUCUGAAACGGCCAGGAGUGUGGGGAAAGCUGGAAGCGACGAAAACGACAAUGAAGAGGAGGCCGGGAUGAAGGCGAUAUCCACCUCUCCAAGUGGACGCUUUCUGAAGUUUGAUAUAGAGUUGGGCAGAGGGUCCUUCAAAACUGUCUAUAAGGGCCUGGACACAGAGACCUGGGUGGAGGUGGCCUGGUGUGAACUUCAGGAUCGUAAGCUGUCCAAAGCAGAGCGUCAGAGGUUUAAAGAGGAAGCAGAGAUGCUAAAAGGUCUCCAGCAUCCAAACAUUGUGCGCUUCUACGACUUUUGGGAAUCUCCUCUUAAAGGGAAGAAGUGCAUUGUUUUAGUCACUGAACUUAUGACGUCUGGAACGCUAAAAACGUAUCUUAAGCGGUUCAAGGUAAUGAAACCAAAGGUUUUACGGAGCUGGUGCAGACAGAUUCUCAAAGGUCUUCACUUUUUACAUACGAGGACACCUCCCAUCAUCCACCGUGACCUAAAAUGUGACAACAUCUUCAUCACUGGUCCUACAGGAUCAGUCAAGAUUGGAGAUCUUGGCCUGGCUACACUAAAGCGAACGUCAUUUGCCAAGAGUGUUAUAGGCACUCCUGAGUUUAUGGCUCCUGAGAUGUAUGAAGAACACUACGAUGAAGCUGUAGAUGUGUAUGCGUUUGGCAUGUGUAUGCUGGAAAUGGCAACAUCUGAAUAUCCGUACUCGGAGUGCCAGAACGCAGCACAAAUCUACCGCAAAGUUACCAGUGGAGUGAAGCCCGCCAGUUUCACUAAGGUGAUGGUGCCAGAAAUCAAAGAAAUUAUUGGAGAGUGUAUAUGUCAUCGCUGGGAGGAAAGAUACUCCAUAAAGGAUUUACUGAACCAUGCAUUCUUCGCCGAAGACACCGGUGUGCGAGUAGAGCUGGCUGAGGAGGACGAUGGCAAGAAGUCCUUCAUUGCUCUCAGGCUUUGGGUUGAAGACCAGAAGAAACUCAAGGGAAAGUAUAAAGACAGUGGUGCUAUUGAGUUCACCUUUGACCUGGAGACAGAAGUCCCGGAAACAGUGGCCCAAGAAAUGGUAGAUUCUGGCUUCUUUUUGGAUAGCGAUGUUAAGAUUGUUGGCAAGUCUAUCCGCGACCGUGUAUCUCUCAUAAAAUGGAGACGACUGCGGAUCGUUUCCAGCCGUAAUGGACAAACGGAUGAGAGCGGCACCAAAACUGAGACACAGAAUCUCCUUCAGGUGCCCUCCACAGGGCCACCAGUGGGCGGUCUGCCCAGUCUUCCUCCUGAAACCGAGGAGCUGCAGAUUGAAGCUGUCAGCCUGGUGUGCAGCGUCCCAACCAGUGCAAAUACAGCUACACCAGACAGCAGUGCCAGCGCAACAAUUUUAACAGAUAACACAUCCCAGCAGUCUUUUUGUGAACCCAUCUCCGCUGUCCAAAGUAUCUUAAGUCCUCCAGCGCAGCUCCUGUCUCAGUUACCACAACAACAGGCAUCUACUGCACAUCUACAACCUGCUUUACAAAUGCACCAAGGGGUCCCACAACAGCACAUAGGCCAGCUAUUCCAAGGGACCCAACAGCAACCCCAGCAGCUCCAGGGACUCCAACAGCAACCCCAGCAGCUCCAGGGACUCCAACAGCAACCCCAGCAGCUCCAGGGACUCCAACAACAGCCCAGUGCUUCCCUGCAGCAGGUGGCACAAGCACAGGUGCCCCCUUUAAUGCCUCAAGGAGCCCAUCAACUACACCAAGGCACAUUUCAGCAAACCUACCAGCAACCAGCUCCUUCUCCACAACUGGUUUCAUCUAAGACGGUAUCUGCUCCGGCUACUCCUGUACCGCAACCUCGACCGAACCUACAGAGCGUUCCUGUCUCUUCCUUCAUAGCACAGCAAAACCAGACCACUGUCCCACUAACACAGGAGUUUCAUCUCUAUUUCCAUCCUGAAGCUUUCCCACCUGAGGCUUUUCAGUCCCUCAUGCCGGCACAUUCAGAUGCUCAGUCUAUUUCACAGCAUCUGUUACAGUCGACAUCUUCAAUACUCAACCUAAACGCUCUGCCUCCACAACCACAGCUGAAUAUUCAGACCGCUCCACUUCUCCAGCCCCUGCAGAUCACCACACAGUUUCCUUCGACAUAUACUCUUUUGCCAGAAGGGGGCGUGCCUGCAGGGACAGAGCCUGUUUCUUUCUCCUCAGCCUCUUACUCUUCUUCAUACCUCACAAAUGCUCCUCCCGUAUCUUCUCCUUACUAUUCAUCAAGCCCCAUCAGUGCUCCUCUCCCUGUCGUAUCCGUGCCGAACGUACCCGGCAUACUAGGAGCGGGUACACCUGCGUCCACCCCUACGAAUGUGCCCGCAUCUGUACCUCUCCUCGCUAUGGCCCUAACCCCAUCCACACAGCCAAUGUAUUCCCCUGUCCCACCAUCGGAUGGGACAUCCCUUUUCCUACCCCAGCCCUCAUUGUCCCUCCCCAAUCCAGCCUCCUUCCCUCAGCAAGACCCAGCAAAUCCUGAAAGCGUUGCAGAGGAGUACCGUCACUAUGAGGAUCCUCAGAUUUUGUCGCGGAUCCAAUCUCCACCACAGGACGAAACGUUUGAGCCAAAGUUUACCACCGUCCAAAUUGAGCCCCUGGAGCCACCUGCUGGCAUACAGACAGGAUGUUUUGUUUCUGAAAGCACCAGCAUGCACGGUACAACUCAGCAAAUAUCUGACACUGCAUCCGCCUCUGUGACCUCUGCACCAGAACCCAACCCAAUUCAAAGCCAAGCCAACACUGAGGCACCUGUAUCAAUUCCACCCCAUGUACAUGACAGCUUAUACCAAGAUACAGGGUCUGGUAAAGAAAUGAGUGACAGCUACGAAGGAGCCGCUGGUGGAGCAAAGGGUGACGGCAAGCCCAAAAAACACCAUCGCAAAUCUACUCGCACACGCUCGCGACAGGAGAAAAUAAACAAGCCUAAGCUAAGCAUGUUAAAUGUUAGUAAUACAGGCGACAAAAUGGUUGAAUGCCAUCUGGAGACUCACAAUCAUAAAAUGGUGACCUUCAAAUUUGAUUUAGAUGGGGACGCACCUGAAGAAAUAGCCACAUAUAUGGUGGAGAAUGGUUUCAUUCUCCCAAUAGAAAAGGAGAUAUUUAUAGACCAGCUGAAGGACAUUGUGGACAAGGCAGAGGACAUUCUGAGUGAGGAAAUGGAUGGAGAGAAGACAUCUGAACUUGGAACAAGUCAUUUUCAAGGAGAAACCUCUGAAGAGAUAGGAGAAGAGGGAACGAAAAGACAGCAACCUGGGGCUCCUCAGCCGGUUUAUCAACAAAAUGUUUUGCACACAGGUAAGAGGUGGUUCAUCAUCUGUCCUGUGGAGGAAGCCCCUGCUGUCAGUCAGGAUGGACCUUCAGAUGGGGGUCCAUCCACACACUCCACAUCCACAACAAUAACUGAAGGGACGGCCACUGCACUGCGGGGGGAGAGCAUCUCAGCCCAGCCGCCAGAACCCAGUACAGGAUCUGCUUCUGCAUCCAUGGAUUCAGAAGCCUCUGCCACAGCGCCCCCAUCUGGAGGAAGUGAUCAUUAUGGGGUUUGGAGCCCCCUUUCUAUGACCACUACAGACCCUCUUUCAUUAGCUCCAAUCUCUCAAGCUCCCCCUGUUCCCCAGGCCGCUGCAAUGCCAGUGCAGGUUGCUUUUCUUCCAGAGGAGCCCCCAAAUUUAGGCUCCCCUCUUGUCAGCGUUCAGCCAUCCCAAGAUCUUCACAGCUCUCUUUUUGUGGACGACACCCAGACUGGGAGAUUAACCUCCCUUUCUCCUAUCCACACCGCUCAGCAGAUGGCUGAAAUAGCAUGUGCAGUCUCUAUGGUUGAGGAGGUGCCCUGCUGUCCCUUGAUCAUGCCAAUGUCCCUCGAAGUGAACAGUGGGGCUCAGAAAUCGUCAUCUGCGAUGCCAGUGCAAGACACCACAUCUGCUCGUGAACAGCUCCAGUCCAUCACGUCUACUCGAGUCGAGCGGGCACCGCAGCCUGUGGUUCUUCAGCAGCCAGUGCCCGCUGUGGGUGGGGCCAAGGCACCUUCCCUACCCCAAAGCCCUGCCCCGUCACAACAUCACUUUGUCCCCGGUGAAUCAGAUGGAGAGGGACGGAGCAGAGGAUUUGUCGACAGCACGAUCAAGACGCUGGAUGAGAAGCUGCGAAAUUUACUCUAUCAAGAAUACGCCCCAAUGUACCCAUCUGGGACUGCCGCAGAGACUCCGGGAUCUGGCACAGAGUAUAUCCAGUCCCCACCAGGACCGGAGUGUGCAGUGGGAGGGUCAGGAAACAGCACACCCAGUCUUAUUGGAGAGGGAAGAUUCAGAGCUGGAGAACAGUUGCCACAGAUACCUGAGCGUGUGGACAGUUUGAGUGCUCUCAGUGACUCUGCUGUUGGAGUUACUGUGUCAAGGAGACAUGUGUUGCCACACUCCACAUCCUGCUCCGGAUCCAGAAGUCGAUUUAAGAUGAUGCCCGUGACCACGGAUAUUCUGUCGGGUCAAGGGCGUAGACAGCGUAGCUUCAGCAGCACAGCCUCUCCAGCGCACCCUGGUGGCUAUUUGGGAGAAUGUGCCAUGUAUGAAGAGCCAGCGAUUUCAGCCACCACCGUCGGGCGUUUCUCAGUGGUCAGCACAGAGGACGAGGUCACACGCCGAAAACAAAGCAGCAGAUAUUCCGCCCCGCCUGACUUUUAUUUAGAUGCUCCACCUCCCCUGACUAAAAGGGGAUCCCUGCCGAGGGCACAGACCUCAGUCUCAGCUGACGUCACAAUUCACGCUCGCUUCAUGUCAUCUGACUCCGGAGCCGAAAGCAGCCCUGCCAAACUGGCACCUAUGACCCCGUCACGCCAUGGGCGAACAGAGAGGAGAGGAAGUGACCUCAUGAAAAGAGCAGUGGCAUUUCUGAGGCGCUCCGGACGCAGUAGCAGCGUGCAGAGCUCAGAUUCGCCAAGCCGGAAGGGAGGCUUAUACGGAUCUUACGUCAGCAGUGACAAUGACUCCGAAUUGGAGGAUUCAGACAUAAAGAGGGAACUUCAGAGCUUGAGAGAAAAGCAUUUGAAGGAGAUUACAGAACUGGAGGCUCACCACAGAGAAGAGAUCGAGCUUUUGUACGUCAGAUUAGGAAAAUCACCGCCGCCAGGUCUUUAUGUGCCAUCCACAGCGCCCUCUGCUGGACGCAAGCGCAGGACCAGCAAGCACAAACUUAAAGCUGGUAAAUUGCUCAGUCCGUUUGUACAACAACUUAGAAACGUGGGAUCUAAAACCAGCGACGGUUGCAAAACCAAUGAUUCAACAAAAUCAGCUGAAGCUGCCCCGAGCAUGAAUGGGUCUCCUGCCAAAGCUUCUAAUGUUUAUGACGGCAGGGGAUAUACUGGGACCGGCACUCUGCCCAGUUCUGUGUCUGAGCCGGUUCAGACCCAACAGCCCUGCUCUCUGAAGGGAUCUCUCUCCUCUGACAACAUCUACGGUGGUCUGCAGGGAGAAGGACUGGGGCUGCCCAGCCAACCUGCUCAAGGUUGGCCUCCUUCUCCCCAGGCGUCUGCGCAGGUCACCUAUAAAUCCAGCAGUAAACCACGGGCUCGAUUCCUCAGUGGGCCUGUUUCUCUAUCCAUCUGGUCGACACUUAAACGCUUGUGCCUGGGCAAAGAACGUGGCAGCAGAUCUGGAACUCCAUCAGGUGCCUCCCCGAUGCCUCCUGGAUCGACUCCCCCACCUCACCAGCCGAUGGGUCUCGCUCAAGCACAGACAAACAACAGCAACAAUAAGACAGAUGCUUUUACGCACCACCUUGACAGACUGAUGGAUAACUGGACAGAAGAGAUGAGGUCUUCUUCAAGCUCCUUACGCUCCAUUAAUCUAGAACCACAGCAACCAACCAGAGGCAGAGUCUGGAGCGCUAUAGAGGGUCCUCCGUGGUCUACAGAAAGAAUGAAUGUUUCACAGCUACCCCUUUCAUGGCCACAGAUAGAUUCACAUACCUCCACAGUUAUGGCUGAUGCUUCAAAAGUGCUCCAGCGCAGUUUCAUGGUGCCUGCUGGUAACCCUUUGGAAAAGAUGCUCUUAGAAAUGGACCACUGGCCAGCAAUGAGUGCCGCUCUUAACCAAGAAAUCUUUGCUUUUCCGGCCGUGCAUUCUCCUCCAUGGACAGCACCUUCAUCUCCCAGUGAGCUCCCGGGUUCUAGAUCAAAGAACAUGUAGCUUUUCAUCAGUUUACCAAUACUUCUCUCUCUGACACCAAAAAUAUUUACUGUACUCCAAUCUGAGUUACUUUAGAAUGCUGGUUAGGCCUAUCAACGUGCAGUUGCUAGCAUGUAGUUGUUUACCAUGCACAAUAUUUAGUAAUCUCACAUGAACAUGUAAAUAUUCAUGCCUCCAAUUUAGGCAUUUGUUGUGAAUCAUUCAUGUAAAUUCAGUAUUAUUGUACUGUAUAUAUUCAUAUAGCCUAUGUAGUAUAACUGAGUUAUAGCAUAGGCUAUGUACAGAAUGUAUAUUUUUCAUCAGAAACUAUUAAGCUUGCUUGUGUUUGCGCAGAAUCAAACCCAUUAAUACCUUGAGCUGUACACAAAUGUAAAUGCUAUAACAUGCCCUUAAAUUUGUGUAGAUGUGUAUAGGCACUGUUUAUACUUAUGUAAAUAUAAACUCUGUCUGCAUAUGUGCAUAAACUGGAGACAAAUUAAUAAUGGAGUUGAUCAGUAUUUUGGUAUGAAUCACAAGUUGGUGAAAAAAUGAAAAACUUGAAUAUUUGGGCAUUUCUUGAAUUCUUCCAGCGAGAAUCGAUUGGAUCGUUGGAACUUGGGUCAUGUCGCUAUUUUACUAAUUACUGCAAUCUUUUCCCAACAAUCCUAUUGACUGGAAGUACAGAGAGAUUGUUUCAAGGAGGGGAUUUGCACUUUUGAUUAAAGAUUAUGAGGGCACCUGAAUUAAAAUGAAGCUCACAGAUAAGUAAUUUGUACCACAAUAUUCCAAAAAAUAAAGUUUUCAAUUUUAUUGUGACUUUAA